GAAUUUAGAUCAUAUAGGAACUGCUCUCUUCAGUUCUGCCCCUAGUCAGAGUUGGGCCCCCCGUUCCUUCUCGAAGCUUUAUUUUGAAGAAGUAUGUGUGACGUCACCAGGCGUGGGUGGACUCGGAGUCUUCAGUGGACGGAGGAAUGGACGAGAAACUGGGCGGUGUGGGUGCUUUUGACCCUAACAUUCCAGAAGAGGGACCGUCGGCGCCCCCUGCCGGCUGGUUGGACGACGUACAUGGAUACCAGGGUCACCAAGGAGGAGACGGCAACAACCCACUGUACCCGCCUCCACCAGCGUUCAACCCUCAACCCGAACAAAACCGGAACACACUGGUGCCCAACGUGCGGGUUCCCACCGUGUCAGAGGAUGUUGCCCGAGCAGCCCUGCUCAAGUUUGUGGAGUCCAAAUGGAAGUAUAGUUCUAAGCCCGCUAGGAACCUCACCUUCAAGGAACUGAAGCCGGUCACCGUGUACCGGUACCGCCUGGAGACCUACACUGAGACCCGGGCCAGCACCUGGCAGUGUGAGCCCUACAAUGGUCAACCAGUGGACGGACCUCAGUGUGGACCAAGUCCUCCGCCAUGGGAUGUCCCUGUGAUGAUGCCGGCCCGAUACCAAGACGUGGUGGAGAAGGUCCGAGUGCCGCACACGUCCUUCGUGAAGGUGUGUCACAAGUGUCAUGGUUGCGGGAGGAUCCGCUGCAGCAGUUGUCAUGGGCACGGACAGAAACGCUGUCCCUUCUGCCACGGGCACGGCCGCACCAACAACAACCGCUGUACCUCCUGCCACGGCCACGGACGCAAGAGGUGCAUCUCCUGUCACGGACAUGGAAACAAACAGUGUAGCGUUUGUAACGGAAGCUGUAACCUGCUGCACUAUAUCCUGCUGACGGUCACAUGGAAGAACAACAUCAGCGAUCACAUCCCUGACCGACAGCCUGACUUCCCUGAUAAGAAGUUUGAGAAAGUGACAGGAGAUCCCUUCUUUGUAGAUGAAAAUCAGCUGGUUUACCCUAUUCAGGGGUUCCCCGACACAGAGAUCUGCCAGGUUUCUAACAAAUUGAUCAGCGAACAUCUGAACCGCUUCUCUGCCACGAGCCGCAUCCUGCAGCAGCGUCAGACCAUCGAGCUGGUUCCACUCACUCAUGCCUUCUACUUCUACAAUGGAAAGGAGUUCAACUUCUUCGUCUACGGGAUGGAGAACCAGGUUUUCGCUGCCAAGUACCCCACCGCCUGCUCCAUCCUGUAGUUCUGCUCCCGGCCAGCAGAUGUCUGUCUGUCCUCUGGUUCGUUUCUGUGGUCCAUCCUCUCGCCUUGUGUUUGUCUCUGACCUUGGCAACAGUGCAUCAGGGUUCUUAGGCCGUCACAUGUUCAAGAUCCGACCGACAGAAACACGGACAAGAACUCUUUCAGAACUUGACUAGCCCGUCACAAAGCCUGAGAGACUUGUCAGGAUGUUAGAUAUGGAGAAAAUGCCUUUCUAGUCUGAGCGCUCACAUCAUCACAUGACCCAGAGAUGUCCAUCAGCAAAGGGGGUGUUGUGAGUCACCAGAGAAUGAUACAGGAUUUGUCGUCGAUUAACAUAUCUGGUUCUUGUGUCACACAUUAAGCUUAAUGCACAUGUAUUAAACUAACAUGUUAGUUUAGUUAGUUCAGUUAAUCAUUAUGAAAAUAUUGUAUCUGACAGAUCAGUUUGUUUGUUCAUGACCUCGGGAGCUGCGUCUCAUGUUUACACCGAACAGCCAGUCAUUUCUUGGCCAGUCGUACCACGGCUGCACGGCGGCUGAGAGAUCCGCAUUAUUGUCCGACUAAACUACCUGAACAAUCCAGUAUUAAUGUCUCAAUAUUCUCAUAAUCCUUUUAUGAUUAUGCUCAUACUUGAGAUCUGCUUCCCGAUUUCAAUCCAAAAUCCCAACCUGAGGCGGUGUUGAACCGUCGCUCCGACAGUGGACUUGGGUCGUCUUGGCUUGUUCACUGUUCCAUUUACUGUACACUGCAUGUAUGUUGAGGUCAUUGCAGCAGGAAUGCUAACUGAGAUAACCAAAGAUGCUCUGGUGCUGCUUCAGAUCAAAGUUCUUUUUCCAUGCGUCCGCCCAUGUUUAUUUCUGAUUCUAGUCGGUUUCGGUGUGAACCGACUGACGCAAGACCCACGCUGGAGUUGUGGACAAUGUUCUGGUGCCACAAGCUAUUCUAUGAUAACCGAAGAAAGAAAUCCAAACUCUGGGUGUCUCCCUGUGUUUCCAACAAACUGCUCUUUCAAUGAUGUGUUUUAUUACUAUAUGUUUGAUUUUAUAUCUAUGUCAAUGUUUUAUAUUGGAAGUGGGACUCAUACUACACAAACAAUUAAAAAAGGCCACG